GAUCAACUAUACCAUCAUGGAUUCAAACAACAUACACAGACCUGUGCUCCUAGUAUUUCCUCCAGAGAUCACCAGUCCAGGAUACAGAACAGCAGGACUUAUAGCCACAGCCUCUAACUCCCAAAACAAAUUGCAGAAAGUCCUUAUUAGAAAAUUGAAGAUCCUAGGGACCACCCAGAUCCUGUUUGGAAUCAUGAACUUUUCGUUUGGAGUUGUUUUCCUUUUCACCUUGGUAAACCCAUACCCAAGGUUUCCUUUUUAUAUUUAUUCCGGAUAUCCAUUCUGGGGCUCUGCUUUGUUCGUUAAUUCUGGAGCCUUUCUGAUUGCACUGAAAAGAAAAACUACAGACACUCUCAUAAAAAUGAGCCAGGUGAUGAAUUUACUUAGUGCCCUGGGAGCAGCGGCUGGAAUCAUUCUCCUC